AUGGUUGUUACAGUUACAGAUGGAAGGUAUUUGCACAAAAUUUGUCAUAUUGCUUUGAUGAUGUUAAAGAUUGUGAUCAGUAAUCCCUAUGCUCAUGAAAUGGGAUCCAACGUGGAGCUGGUAUGGCCAGAGUCAGAGGCAUAUUCGUCACGGGUGAACAACUGCUCACAUGCAAAUUCAUCUCUAGCUGCAAUUCGAGCGAAGUUGAGUGCGGAACAAUUAGAACAAUUCAAGACAUCAUGCUUUAGCCAUCUUCUGAAUAUAGAUAAGAUUCAAUUUAGCGGGCAGAUUGUGCAUGGGGUUGUGUUGCGUAGAGUAGCGGGGCAGGGUGUGAAAGACUUGGAUGGAAUGAGUUUCUUAAUAGGGUGUGACGUUGCUCAGUUCACUCGUCAGGAUUUCUGUUUGAUCACAGGGCUUCGUUUUGGGGAAGUGCCUGAAGUUUCCAGUGGAGAGAGUGAUGAAAUUAGACUUCAGAAAAGAUAUUUUAUAGACGAAGGAAUUACAUGUAAUGCCUUAGAAGAAACAUUUCUGAGGUGCACAGAGGAAGAUGACAUCUACAAGCUAGCUCUUGUUUACUUUGCUGAGUUAGUGGUUUUGGGAAGGGACAAACAUUUGAACAUCAAUCUAAAUUACCUGACCCUUGUAGAGGACUUGGAUGCGUUCAACAGGUAUCCGUGGGGUUCGGUGUCCUUUGACAAAACCUAA